UAUGUAUUCGCCAUCAUAUAUUUUUUAUUGUGAGAUGAUGAGCCUAUCUACACAUCAACAAUUAAACUGGAUUCAUCCCAAAAACUUGUUUGACCCUAUAUCGGUUAAGGAUUUCUCCAUACAAGAUAUCCGCAAGGAAAUCGGCUACAAUACCGAAGUGUCUAAACCGAAAUUUUGCAAGUUUGGACCCAUUUUAGACAGUCCUGUGCAAAUAUAUCAGCCACCAAACAAAUUAACCUUAACGUUAUUGAUGUUCUAUAAGGAAGCUUUUAAGGUCAAACACAAUUCCCAUCCACUUCAAAAUAUAAAAUUAAACAAACAAAGUUAUAUAGAUGAUAUGCCUCCUGAUUGGAAUAGAUAUGCAUUUUAUAUACCUAUAGUCCGAACGUUUGAAGACGUAAAAAUUGUGAAUACAAUUAAAUGGCUAUGGAACAAUCACCGUCUUAAUUAUAACGCUUGGAUGAAGAUGGUAAUGGCGUUGUUCUCGGCUCAUCGCCGUUAUCAAAUAUAUUCAAUCGAAAAUGGUUUUCUCGAGGAACGUGCUUUAGCAAAAGUAGCAAUAGAUGCAUUGAUCGGACCCCGAGGGCUCAUCCAUGGUUUAUGGAAUUUUGAAGUACCGAGACUUCAGAUAGGCUCUGAUCGAUUACACAUUUGGCCAAAAGACUGGAAAUUUGAUUUUAAUAUAGAUGAUAACAGUUCAUUUCACUCGUCUUCACCUGAGAAUAGUGACUUCGACACAGACGGAGGUGAUAGUGGACCUAUUGGUAUAGCGUACAAUCGGCCCCGUAUAACAGGCUUUACAUCUUUUACCGAAACUUCUAGUGACGAGGAAGCUAGUAGACUGGAUGUUUUCAGUGAUGGCCACGGCGGGGAAUACUGGGAUCGGCGUUUUCGGAAACGCUUCGAUUUGUACAUUCGAACAUCGACCAUAGAACGGCGCAAUCGCCGAGCCGUCCGAGAAGCAAGGCGCUUGGUUCGUCUAAAAUAUGACGAAGAACGUCGAGAGGAGGAGACAGCUUAUAAUGCAGAAGCUAAACGCGCUGAAGCGUUGGCUGCUGAACGAGUACAUACUGAGAUCCGAAACCGGGAAAAUAAAAAACGAAUCGAAUAUCUCAGACAGUCUAGAUCGAACAAGCAAAAAUCCUUAGACCAUUAUUUGUGUCGAUAUCAACAAUUUAAUCAUAAAUUAAGAUCAAUUCUGGAGCAUGAAUGGAAAUGGUAUUACGGUGAAAAUCACGAAUCUCAAUAUAAUCAACGAUCGGAAAAGCAUAUAUCGUUGAACUGUUGGAUAUCACCGGUUCAUUGGGUUAGACCAACUGAAGAAAACAUUGAUGGAUUUACAUCGAUACUCACGGCCGUACAUCAAUUGACAGUAUUCGAAAUAAUUAUGGGAGAAUCAGGACACUCUUUUAAGCCAAGAGAGUUGUUACGGCAAUUUCCAAAUGGUGCUAAAUAUUUAAAUAGUCGAAGUAUGAAUUAUGGUAUCCUUGGUGUUGGAAAAGUUGAUUGGGAAAGAGUAACGAUGGAGAUGAUUAUGGCUAAUAUAAGAGAAAAGACGAACGGGAAUAGGUGUCGAGCGAAUUAUCCCGAAUUUUUUGUGAAAGUAGCAAGACGUUUUAUGGGAGAUCGAUACAAUAUCAGUUUUGAGAGACGCGAUUUAUUGACCGACAAGAUACUGAAUUAUAGUUCUGUAAAGUAUGGAAAAAAGAUUAAAACAGAAAAUGGGGAAACGUCAGAAAUAAAACCAAAAAUAGAGGAUCUAUAUGUUAUGUCCAUUGUGCAGCGUCUAAUACGUGGCCACUUAAUCGCUGUUUGUUACGACGCCGACGAAAAUAACAGACCGACGAACAACGGCGGCCGGACCACGCGUUGGGUCUUGCUGUGUGGCGUUAUCGUGGGACAGUAUCGCCGGGAGCCUUCCGACGCGAGACUCGGAACAAAUGUUGAAAGUACGCUUUCAGAACAGGGGAACCAAGAGGAUUUGGGUUACGAGUACGAGUACGACACCGAUACCCACUUACUGACGCCAUUAGGAUUCCGCAGCCGGCGAUCAGGCCGCCCAAUAGACAUCGCGAGAUUAAAGGAACAAAUAGAACGCAACGAUAGAUUGAACUACGAUCAACGAACUUGCAUCAACGAGAAGGGUGAGCUGCGUCACGAAGACCAACCCGAAGAACGCCGGAGGUGCCUAUGGUGCACGUCCGCGUACGCGGACAAUCAACUGGACUUGGAACGUGACGCGGACACCGUGUGGGUGGUGGCCAUGGACCGCGGCCGGUACGUGGUGUGGUCGCUCCGGGAACUGGCCAACAGCAACAGGCAGCUGGACGAAUACAAAAAAACUCACCGAUCUUACGCCGGUCCACGGGUGAGCCAGGAGCCAGGGAGCCACAAGUCUAAAGAUACGUUUGCGUCAGCGACAAAGCAAAGACGUCUGUAACUUGAUUAUACGGAAAGGCGCCGCAACCGUGCCCUGUGUACCGUCUUGGUCGACCAGAUGGAGACGCUGGCCCGAGCACACCCGCAUCUACCACCGGCUGAGUUGAUCAAAAUGCUGGACCUGUCCGCGUGUAACAGGCCUAAUCAACCGGACAUGGCAAGAGUGUGGUUGUCCGCGGCAAAUGCCGCCUACAGCGCCCAGACCAGACCGAAGACGCCGCCGCUGCCGCCGACAACAAAUCAAUUCGUAUUUAGUACACCGGAAGCGCCACCCCCGCCCCCGCUGCCGAUUCCCGUAGCACCAACAUCGAUGACACAAACGACACAAUUUAAUCGGGAUUUAAAUCUAACCAAUGGUGCAUUAAUCUGCCCAAGUUUAAGUCGGUGUUACGUGGACUUCGAGCCGAAAUUCAAUAGAUUACAGAAUUUCAGUAUGCAAUUUUUUCCUAAUCAAAGCUGUUUAAAUGAGAUGUUGGACAAAGAAAUUGAGUUGAGAUUUUCAUUUCAUGGCGAGUUACCCGACAAAAAUGGUCAGACGUCAUCUUCGAUAAACCGUAACAAAUAAUCAAAAUACGCCAGCCACCGUGAUAGGCUGCUGUCCAGUGAUCGGUGACGGCGCCCCGUCCACGGCGCGGGCGGUGGUGGUUAGGUGACGGUUUCGGCGCGGUGGAUAAUGAGCGGGUAGAGCACUUCGUCGUUUGCCACAAAACUCCCCGCGGACAGCGCUGCGUGUCAAAUCGUCGCCUCCGACCCUCGCUGCUUCAGCGGCAGGCGCGUGCGCGUGCGCCCGAAAAACAGCCACCCUCGACCCACAGCUUUCGCAGCCUCCGACCACUCAACGUCGUGCCUACGACUGUCAUCAACAUUACCUCCGUCACACAAUUCCCAUCUCAACGUCUGCCGCGCCGCACUCGCCGUACCAACAUCAACUUACUGCCGUCGUGUUCAACCACCCGUCGA